CUCUGGCCAAUUUCAAACCAAACCAUGGUUGGAGGAGGGAGUUCACAGAAGCUAACUACAAAUGAUGCGCUUGCAUAUCUCAAAGCUGUCAAGGAUAAAUUUCAAGAUAAACGUGAAAAAUACGAUGAGUUUCUUGAGGUCAUGAAAGAUUUCAAAGCUCAGAGAGUUGACACAAGUGGUGUUAUCUUGAGGGUGAAAGAACUAUUCAAGGGGAACCGAGAGCUGAUUCUGGGUUUCAACACUUUCUUACCAAAGGGUUUCGAGAUAGUUCUCUUGCCCGAGGAUGACCAACCUCUGCCAAAGAAACCUGUUGAGUUUGAGGAAGCUAUUAGUUUUGUCAACAAGAUUAAGACAAGGUUUCAAGGCGAUGAUCGUGUAUACAAAUCAUUUUUGGACAUUUUGAACAUGUAUAGAAAAGAAAACAAGUCCAUCACUGGUGUCUACCAGGAGGUGGCUAUCCUUUUCCGGGACCAUCACGAUUUGCUUGUGGAGUUCACUCAUUUUCUCCCUGAUACUUCAGGAACUGCCUCUACUAAUGAUACUGUGAAAGUGUCAGUACGUGAUAGAGGCAUUAAGUCUCUUCCCACCAUGCGUGACUCUGAUAAGAAGGACCGGAUCAUCGGUUCACAUCCUGACCGUGAACUCAAAACCGAACAUAUGGACGUAGACCAUGAUAGGUCUUUGUUGAAAGAAAGUAAAGAAGAUAUCAGACGCAUUGACAAAAAGAAUGAUUACAUGGAUGACAGAGACAGGAGAGGUUACGGAGUAGAUGACAGAGGUCUUGAACACGAUAACCAGAAAGAGCAGUUCCUCCACAGUAAAAAGAAGGUGACACUAAGGGACGAUGACUCUCCUGAGAUUUCGAAUCAGGCUAGAGAAGGAGACAAGUUUUAUGGAGCCAUUGCCACUUCAUCUACUUAUGAUGAUAAAGGUCAUAUCCAAGAACUUGCUUUUGUUGAUAGAGUGAAGGCAAAGCUUAAUACCUCUGACUACCAAGAGUUCCUACGAUGUCUUAAUCUCUUUUCAAAGGAAAUAAUCAGCCAACCAGAAUUGCAGUCUUUGGUUGGUGAUUUAAUUGGAGUAUAUCCAGACCUUAUGGAGGCCUUUAGAGUGUUUUUGGUUCAGUGUGAAAAGAAUGAAGGAUUACUAUCUGGUAUCGUGACUAAGAAGUCCUUGUGGAGUGAUGGCAAAUGUCCUCAGCCUACAAAGUCGCAGGACAAAGAUACAGACCGAGAACGAGAGAAGAUUGAAAGAUUUAGAGAAAGAGACCGUGAGAAGGAGAGGCUUGAAAAGGCUGCAGCGAGCCAGAAAUGGGCUAAACCUAUCAGUGAACUCGAUCUCUCUAACUGUGAACAGUGCACUCCUAGUUAUCGGUUACUUCCAAAGAAUUACCCGAUUCCUAUCGCAAGCCAAAAAAUGGAGAUUGGUAGCCAGGUGCUUAAUGAUCACUGGGUCUCCGUCACUUCAGGAAGCGAAGACUAUUCAUUCAAACACAUGCGCAAGAACCAGUACGAAGAGAGCCUCUUCCGAUGUGAAGAUGACAGGUUCGAGCUAGACAUGCUAUUAGAGUCUGUGAACUCGGCUACGAAUCGAGUGGAAGAGUUAUUGGCAAAGAUCAACAGCAAUGAAUUGAAAACCGACACUCCCAUCUGUAUCGAUGACCAUCUCACAGCUCUAAACAUAAGGUGCAUAGAGCGGUUAUAUGGUGACCACGGGCUCGAUGUGAUUGAUCUGUUGAAGAAGAACGCCUACCUUGCUUUACCUGUGAUACUGACCCGAUUGAAACAGAAGCAAGAAGAGUGGGCAAGGUGUCGUUCAGAUUUCAACAAAGUCUGGGCUGAUAUCUAUACCAAGAACUACCACAGAUCACUUGACCAUCGCAGUUUUUAUUUCAAACAGCAGGACUCAAAGAAUCUGAGCACAAAAGCGUUGCUGGCAGAGAUAAAAGAGAUCUCUGAAAAGAAGCGAGCAGAAGAUGAUGCACUUCUUGCUCUUGCGGCUGGAAACAGACGAACCAUUUGCUCCAACAUGAGUUUUGAUUAUCCAGAUCCUGAUCUUCACGAGGAUCUCUAUCAGCUGAUCAAGUAUUCAUGUGGAGAGAUGUGUUCAACGGAACAGCUGGAUAAGGUAAUGAAGGUAUGGACAGAGUUUUUGGAACCAAUGUUUGGUGUUCCUUCUCGCCCUCAAGGUGCUGAAGACCGAGAAGAUGCUGUCAAGUCCACGAACCAGAAUCUAAAAAGUAGCAGUGCAAGCGAAGGCAGUCCUCAAAAUGGAGCUACUGUUGUUGCCAACUCAGCGCGGUCAAGUGGGCCUCGAAAAGCCGGUGAAAGCAGCAGUCUGUUGCGGCAAGCUAGCGAUUCGGAUAGAGAUGUCACUGCUAGUAAAACCGCAGAUGACAAAACUCCGAAGAAUCUAAACACACCUGAGGAAAGGCCUGAAACCAAACAAGCUGUUUCUAUUGAACGUGCACACAACUCAAAUGCACAGCCUGUGGAUGGAUUGCUACCUCAAAGAAAUGGAAAAACCAACAUCUUAUCCAUUGCUGGGCUUAGCAGUAGUAACCCAAAACCCACCAGUGGAACAGAGAUGGAGUUGAAGCCAAAUCACGUAAAUGGGCCACGCUUAGAGGUAUUUACAAAUGGGACAUUGGCGGAAACAUCUAACAAUGGGCAAACCAAAGUCGAAAGAGAGGAGGGUGAACUUUCUCCAACGGGAGAGUUUGAGGAAGAUAACUUUGCAGUUACUGCAGAGACCGACUUGGAGGCUCUCAGCAAAGGUAAAGAUAGUGGAGAGAAUGAUGCGAACGCAGAUGAGGAAGGUGAUGAAAGUGCGCCAAGAUCAUCGGACGGCAGCGGAAACACAUCUCAGAACGGUGAUGUCUCCGGAACUGAGUCUGGUGAUGGUGACGAGUGUUACCCCGGAGAUGAUGUGGAACACAAUAAGGAGGCGGAAAGCGAAGGUGAGGCUGAAGAAGGUAUGUCUGAUGCACAUGAUGACGCUGAAGGAGACAACAAGUCUGUGUUGCCUGUUUCGGUGCGAAACCUGCUAAAUGCGAAGCCUCUCGCAAAGUAUGUCCCUCCCGUUUUGCGCAAUAAGGAGAAAGAUGAUUCUCAGAAGAACUCCAGAGUCUUUUAUGGGAAUGAUUCGUUUUACGUUCUUUUCAGGCUUCAUCAGAUUCUGUAUGACAGAAUAUUAUCAGCAAAAAUCAAUUCAUCGUCUCCAGAAAGAAAGUGGAAGACCUCAAAUUCAACAAACCCUGCUGAUUCCUACGCCAGAUUCAUGAAUGCUCUCUACAACUUGCUCGAUGGCACAUCUGAUAACUCCAAGUUUGAAGAUGACUGCAGAGCAAUCAUUGGGACGCAGUCGUAUGUGCUCUUCACACUGGACAAACUGAUUUAUAAGCUCAUCAAGCAUCUCCAAGGAGUAGCAGCUGAUGAGAUGGACAACAAACUGCAACAGCUAUGUUCAUAUGAGAAAUCCAGAAAGCCUGAGAAGUUUCUCGAUGCUGUUUACUAUGAAAACGCCCGUGUUCUUCUUCCUGAUGAGGAUAUUUACCGCAUCGAAUGUAAACUAUCGACACCAGCGAAACUCUCUAUUCAGCUUCUGGACUACGGACAUGACAAGCCUGAUGUGACAUCCAUUUCCAUGGACCCAACGUUUGCAACUUACCUCCACAGUAACUUUCUUUCUAAUCAACCUAAUGCGAAAGAGAAUCCUCGAAUCUAUCUAAAACGGAAUAAACGUAAAAUUGGUGGUGACCAUGAACUGUGCACCACGGAUCAAGUUAAGAUUAUCAACGGUUUGGAGUGUAAAAUCACGUGCAGUACUUCAAAGGUCUCUUAUGUAUUAGACACAGAGGAUGUUUUACAUCGUGCUAAGAGAAGGAAAGUUUUGAACCAGAGCUGUUCUUUAAUUAGGCAAAGGAGGAUACAAAGAUACCAAAAACUUCUCACCAGCCAAUGA